UUUUUUUUGGCGAAGGAUCAGCUCCAUUCAUAGGGCUGGGCGGGCAGAGCAGAGCAGGAAAACCAUCAGAGACGUAGUGAAGGAGGAGGAUGGUCUCCGUCUGAGAACGACGGGCCACUUUAAACACGUCUGUCAAGCCGUAUCUCUUCAAAAAGGACACAUUUGUAAAACUAAAACCGAAACCUCUUUCCUCAGGAAUGGGAUUCGGGUGUCUGAAGACUUAUUGGGGAACCUGCUGAAGGAAACAGCCUGACUUCCUCCUGCCGCAGACUCACCACUCCUCCUCCUCUCGGCUCAUUUACCCGGAUUUCAGGUUCUGGCAUCUGGGCAACAUCGUGACUGACUGACUAGCUGCUCUGUCGUCUUUGUAGAUAAGAAAAGAAAAGACAAAAACGUGCCUGCCUGCUGUGCUUUUCGCUGCCUGUAUAAUGCCGACACAUUUGCGGAUCCGGAGAAGGUCAUUCCUUGGGCUUUUAUUCCUUUUUUCAUUGUCCACAUCGAUACUGUAUUUCAUCUACUCCGCCCCCGGAAUCGUGAAUGAAUAUGUGUUCAUGGUCCAAGCCAGAGGCCUCCAGAUCAAAGAGAACGUGAAAAACAUUGGUGCUCAGGUUCUGGAGCAAGUAGUGAGAGGGGCUUACAGCAUCAAUGGCACAGACUAUUCCUAUGACUUUAACUUCAGUGAGAGUGAUGCUCCUCCCACCACAUACCUCCCAGAAGGCUUCACCUACCUCCCAUCCCAGGUUUGCCCUGAGAAACUGCCCUUUAUGAAUGGCAGAUUGCGGGUGAACAUGAGUGAAGUAUUGCUGGAAGAGGUGGAAAGAUCCUUGCUGGAACGGGAACCCAGCAUGGCCCCAGGGGGCUACUGGAAGCCCGAAGACUGUUUACCUCGCUGGAAGGUGGCAAUCCUAGUUCCAUUCAGGAACCGACAUGAACACCUGCCCAUCCUCCUGAGACACCUGGUGCCCGUGCUGCAAAAGCAGAGACUCCAGUUUGCCUUUUAUGUCGUAGAACAGGUGGGCACAGAACCAUUUAAUCGGGCCAUGUUGUUUAACGUGGGCUACAAGGAGGCUAUGAAAGACCUGGACUGGGACUGUUUGGUCUUCCAUGAUGUGGACCACCUCAUGGAGAACGACAGGAACUACUACGGCUGUACAGACAUGCCCCGACAUUUUGCUGUCAAACUUGACAAGUACUCCUACAUGCUUCCGUAUAAUGAGUUCUUUGGUGGUGUCAGUGGCCUGGCGGUGGAGCAGUUCAAAAAGAUUAAUGGAUUUCCUAAUGCAUUCUGGGGCUGGGGAGGAGAGGACGAUGACCUCUGGAACAGGGUGCAGUUUGCUAAUUACACAGUGAGUAGACCGCACGGAGAGCAGGGACGCUACAUGUCCAUUCCACACCACCAUCGUGGGGAAGUCCAGUUCCUGGGAAGGUAUAGUCUAUUACGCCACUCAAAGGAGAGACAAAAACUGGAUGGUCUUAACAACCUAAACUAUUCCCCCCUAAUCUCCAGGAGGCCUCUCUACACCAACAUCACAGUCAGCUUGAGCAAAAAUCUUGCGCCCAUAGCUGACUACUGACGUAGGCAGCGCUGGACUGCAAAACACCUGGGAAUCAAAGUCCUUUGGGACAUGAGCCAUAUCUCACCAGUUGCAGCACUGCUUAGGACUUUUUAGUUGACUUUUUUUUUGCUUUGUUUUGUUGUUUUUUCUUUUUUUAUGUUUGUAUGCAAAAAAAAAAAAAUGGAGACUCAAAUUACUGU